AUGUCGCAAUUACGGUCCCCGGGGAAAUCAUCACCGUCAAGAUCGCCGUCACUGAGGGAAUCAAAUUCUGCAAAGGAUAUUGGACGAAGCGCCCAUUCAUUGGCUGAGGAGCCAAAAUCACAUUUGGAUACAUUGAUUGCCUAUCUGGUAGCUGCAAAGAAGUCGCUGUCAUCAAUAUACCAUGUCUCCCGAGCAAACGAAAUUGUAAACAGUGCUCGGUCGGCACUCGAGGAAAGUGUAGUGGUAUCUGCAAGAACCGGCUUUCUACGACGCGGCGAAAAAAAUCAAAUUCGUUUAUUAUAUAAUGUUCGCACUGAGAUUGAGAAUAUAUCGCAACGAGGACGCGACGAAUUCUCCAACGUGUUGCAAGACCUUGAUCAUGCCGACGAACGAUUAAGGCACACGCUGAAUAAGCUACAGCAGACCGUGGUUCACCCCUCCUUCCGCCCUGGAGGCGAAGAGGAAAAGAGUCUCCAUGACUUUCUCGAUGAGCGUGGGGUUGAGGAGUUACAAAAUGGUCUAAAAUCGUCCAUUGACAGAAUCAAUGAAGCCCAGGCACAGCUUGAUUCGUCCAGUUCAGCUUUUGAUCAAGAACUACAGUCGCUUCAACAAGCGCUAGGGAAAUACCGAACUGCAAUGGAGAUGGUUUCCUCACGCUCCUCAUUAUCAGGAUCCUCGUCAGGUUCAUCUAAUCCGGCACUCGCAUCACCCACUGCUAUACCGGCGAUGCUCCGAUCACUAGAAUCUCACGCGCAAGAAAUGGCCGAUUUGCUCGAAUCUCUAGUCCAUCAUUUUGAUAGAUGCGUAACUGCUGUUAAACACACCGAGGGUGGUGGGGCCGCUGCCCGUUCGAUUACCGGCGACAUGCCAGAGGGCUUAAAUGUAUCUCUCGGAAAGGAAACCCAAGGUGUAGACAAUGCCGCCCACGACUCGGUGGACCCCAUGACAGAGUCCGACUAUCAGGAGAUGCUAGGUGUUCUCAUCAAGGAUGCUGCCGAAGCCGAAGACGUAGUCUUGGAGAUUCAAGAGCGUAUUAAUGACAUGGAAGCUACGCUAGAAAGCGUCAUCGGACAUCGGGAUGCUGUUAUUGCUAUCGGCCAUGCCACAUAUGAUGUAUUCGUGCAUUUGUCAAGCCUUGCUUCAACCCGCUUACCAGAGUUCAUUGCCCAGGCGCACAGCUUCACUCAGACAUGGAACGAAGAGCACGAGCGGAUACGGUCGGGAAUGGCAGAUAUUUCCGAUCUUCGCACCCUCUACGCCGGCUUCUUAGAUGCUUACGAUGGCCUUAUCCUCGAAGUAUCUCGCCGCAAGCACAUGCGUCAAGGUGUCGAACGAGUUUUGCGAGAAACACGAGCUAAACUUGACCAACUCCACGACGAAGACGUCAAUGCUCGCGAGGCCUUUAGAGUAGAGCAGGGCGACUACCUGCCGUCAGAUAUCUGGCCUGGUCUUGGCCGAGGUCCUAUGAAGGUAAAGUUUGUAAGGCUACCGGGCGACAAACUCGACCCGGCAGCAGUGACCACACCAGAUGACACCGCAAAUGCAGACGUCUCUGUUGACGAUGAGUCACCGGCAGAUGGUGGCGAUUACAUUCCAAACUUGCCAAAACAUGUUGUCGAUGACGCUAUCGCACGGUUAAAAGCAAGAGCUAAAGGUGACCCCUUGGGAUAG